UAUGGCAAAGUUAAAAGCCAAAUCUAUGUGGAAAGCCAUGAAAAAUCGCUCAGAUAUUGAGAGUCCAAUUAAACAAGUUGAACCAGUCAGGAGUAAAGAUUUAUUUAUGCUUAUUAAAGAAGGAAAGGUUUCGACGGAAAGCCUAGUAGAUGACUGGCUGAACCUGUGCAAAAAUGAUGAAACGUCAGCUUUGCAUCAGUUAUUGAGACUUUGUUUCUCGUCAGCUGGCUCUCCCAUAGAUGCAGCCCAACCUGAAAAUAUUUUAGAGGUGGACAUGAUCGAUUUAUUAGAUAAAUGUGCAGAACAGGGAUUUGCGAAGCUCGAUGAAGAGAAUUUUGAAGAAUAUCCAUUGUCAAGAAAAAAUACCAAGUCACUAUGGAAAAAUUUUCGUUCCAAUCUCUCAGGUUUUAUCCGUGUGUUAUUUGAUAUGGGACAACACACAUUUCUAUAUAAAGGAACCUUAAUAGACAAACUAAUAGAACUGAUAUUUGGUAUGAUAUCAUCUGUAGAUGGAAAAUAUUACAAGUGUUUUUUUCACACUGGUAUAUUCUUCGGUUUGAAGAUGAAUACAGUUGUUGUAGAAGUUCACAGGAAACUUAAAGAUGAUCUGAAAAGAAUUCACAAUCAAGAUAAACCCGAUGAACAAACUCUUGAUGAAAUAGACGAGAAAAUAAAUUAUGUAUCUAAGCUUAAGGAGAAAUUAUGCAAAUUGGUUCCAAUUGGAUAUCUUCAUGAAAUAAAUGAUGUUCAAUGCUUGACUAUGGAAGAGUUGGGUUGCUGGUUGUUCAUAGAUCCUGAAGAAUUUCUCGUCGACCUGAAUUUAAGAUAUUUUCAUCGAGUUUUACAUGAUGUGGACUCACCCAAUGCUCGGAGUCAAGCUAUCGUUUCUUUAGUUCCAAUAUAUUCCCUUAUAGAAGAAAAUCCAGAUAUUUUAGAGAGAUUGAAGGGUUUCACAUCUCGAGUUUUUCACAAGAUCUUUUGCCAAGCUUGUAUUAGCCCAGACGUUGCGAUGAUGAGCGCUGCCCACAAGAUUAUAAGCCAUCUUCAUUUUUACAAGGAGCCUCAUGACUAUAUUGUUACGGAAGAGGAAUUGACUGAUAUAUUCUUACCAAAUCUUACAGGACAUCGAGAAGCUGCCAUGAAUUCAGCGAAAUAUCUUAUUGAAAGAUUGACAAGUGAAAAUGAUUCUAGAGUAAAAGUAGCCCUAGCGUUUAUUAAUCUACUAAAACGUGGAAAUUUGAAAAGAUGCGAUCAAUUUAUUUCUUUGAUCACUGAUAGUUUAAAUAGUGUAUCAGACAUCUUUAAGGAUCUAGAAUUGCUUUAUAACAUUUUAAUCAGCAAUGAGCAGUCAAGUGAUGUUGAAUUAUAUUUAUGCCAUUUCUUCUAUGCUUCGUACGAACUACAGACGACUUUAGUGCGAUUACCUCCUCGAAUCGUUAAGAUGACAAAAAAAGACCUACAAGCGAAGAAUGCGCAAAAAGAAGAUCUAGCAGAAUGUUUUGUUCCCCGAAUUUUCAAUUUAUUAACAACUUUCAGUCACGAUAUUGAGAAGUGUCAGCUUAUUGUUCGUUUAAUACGUCUCUUAGACAAAGCAAUGUUUGUCAGGUUGAACGCAGAAGUAUCAUUAUCGAAUAUAAUGAAAGAAUUGACGAAAUUGUUUGACAACCAUUCAAGUAUUAACUUUUUAGAAGAAAUGUCAAAGACAAUGGUAUAUCUUAUGCAGGAUGACUAUCUAUUGAAUCAUGUUGCAAAGAACUUGGGUGGAAUGUUUUUCGAUAGUUUAAUAGCGGAAUUGGAACACUCUUUAAAGUUGUAUCUUGAAGAUCGGUUGUCACCAGAAAGAGUAAAUUUGCUUUGGAUACCUAUGAGAAAGUUGCGCAUGAUAUUAAAAUAUCAUGAUUUAAGCAGUUAUGAUGAAUUCUUUAGAGAUUUACCGAAAGUUUUGACUUUUACUACUCUAAAAAAUUCAGAGGCAUUUUACGCAGAGACUUUGGUCGCAAUUGUCUACUUUGUUCAACGUCAAGUUCUUAAGUCUCACGUAGAGGAUUUACCUUAUCUCGAAAAUUUGCAGAUGAAAACACUAAUGUCAGCCUUGAAAAUAACAGGCGUCAACAAAGAAACAGAGGAUGCUGCAUUUGAGUGUAUUAUUUUUUUUAUGACAUCAUUCAAGAAAGAACUUAAAAAUCUUGAAUGCUAUAAACUCUUGUUUCGAGACAACAACUCCUUCAUACUUAGUUGUAACACAGUUGCUGGAAUUGCUUCGUCUAAAUUAGAAAGCUUCGUGGUAAAGCGUGUAUUUAAUGAUGAUAGCGAAACUAACUUAGAAGGCAAACUAAGAAUCUUGCAGGCUUAUCUGCAAGUUGUCAUGAGCAGAAGAAUUCCAAUGCAAGCCGGUCAUUUUUUAUUCUUAUAUUGGAAUAAAUUUAUUGUCCUUCAGACCCUCAUUAAACAGUUCUUCUACUGGUGUCGUAAUACUUCUCGCUCAGCGUUUUUAAAGACUGUUCUCUAUAGCUUGGCAAUGAUAUUUGAAUCAAAGAAGCUUAAGUUGAAAGAGCUAAAGCAGUUGUCAAAAGAAUUAGCACUUCAAUUCGGAUCUCGAUCUGAGGCAAAUCGAGAAUCUAUGUUCAUUUUGCAUAAAGAUGGUAUCGUUUUCAGUGUUCGAUACAAAUCUGGAGAUAAUUUAGAGUUUCUCAAAGUUCUUUGUGAAUGGAGCUUUAAGGUCGCAAGACGAGAUAGAGAUAAAAUACUAAGAUUUUUCGAUAAUCAACUCAAAGAAUUGAGAGGCCAAGAAUUUUCCAAAGACACUCGAAGAGAUAUCAACUUUUAUCGGGCUACACUAGGUUCUCAAGAAAGUAAAGUUCUAAAGCAUCUCAUAAACGCAAAAGAGCCAACACUACAGAAACCUCCAGCAUUAAGUUGGAAAAAAUUACGAAACAAUCCUCAACGAUCACCUAGAAAAUCCACGUCCAAUUCAGAAGAAUCCGAUGAUGCAACUCCAGUUGUCCAAAAGAUAACACCUGAGGAAGUGACGACACUGGAAAAAAAAGAACAAAACGAAGACUUAGCGAAUCAAAGCGAUAAUGAGAAAGCACAAAAAGAAUUGAAUAUAAAAACAGAAGAGACGUCUGACAAUGAAAGAGUAGAAACUGAAGAAGAAGAAUAUAACAGCGAUGAUUGUAGGAUUGUGUCCGAAUAUGCGAGUGAAGAGUCAGUAGCCGAAGUGGAAUCUUUUCAAUACAACACCACGGAGACUUCGUUUCAAAACUCUACUAUCCCAGAAGAUCUGAUUAUUAUUGAAGAUAGUAGUGACGACGAAGAAUCUUCUGAUGAACAUCAGCAGAGAACAAAAUCUCUUGGGAGUCCAUCCGAAGCAAGUGACGAAAAUAACAACAAGAGUAGAGACAGUGACAUAUGGAAUUCAUCAUCAGAGGAUAUUUAUCCGGAUCACGCUGCCCAAAUAGCUAAACGCAUUUAUAACAGAACGUCAUCUCAAUCCUCCAGUAUAGAAAGCAUUGAAGGUAAGAAAUUAAUCUAUCCCAAAUAAAAUAAUAAAAUAUCAAUGAUUAAAAGAUUCAGCGGAGAAUUUCGAUCAAAAUCUGUCUAUUAUACACCAAAUUAAAAUCGAAAAGGACCAAGAUAUAUUACACCAUAAAGGAUUUUCACAUUGAUCUUAAACUUAUUCUUGUAAGAAAACUGACAAAUUAUUCUUCCCAGUUAUAAAUUUGAUUUUUAAAUUCUUAAUGUAAAGGUAACGCUUUUGAUAACAUUCUUUACAGGUGGGCGUUACGUAGAGACUUCUCUACAUCUUGUAAGUACAGUAAAUAAAUAUAACAAGACUCCCUGUCCUUUGUGUAAAUUAUUAAGAGUAUAGUUUUAUCUUGAUAAAAUUUAUACAUUAACAAAGUCGAAUAGAGGUAAAAGUUCCUUUGAUAGAUCGGUGAAUAAUUCUUAGUAAGCGAGAAAUAUAUAACAAUCUUAUUUAAAUAAUAACCUGCGAUAUUAAU